AUGGUAGUAACAAGAAACAACCACAACAAGGAAGAUGAAGAGUCGUCAGAAAAUACCGCAAAAUCUCCGAGCUCCGAGGAAACCGGCACCACGUCAGGCACCGGCACCACGUCGGGUACCGGCACCACGUCGGGCACCGGCACCACGUCGGGCACCGGCACUACGUCGGGCACAGGCACUACGUCGGGCACAGGCGCAACGUCGGACUCAGCGAAGACGUUGGACACAGCUGCAUCGUCGGGUACGGGCGCCAUCAGGAAGACGCGUCCCACACCAGAGGACCUACCCGGGCCGAGCAACGUCGUCCACCCCGCUGACACGUCGGGCAUUAAGGCCACGCCUGCGGCCAGCCUCGCCGCCACGAUCGUCGAGCGCAACCCCGUCGAACUGAUGCCGCCACCGAGACCGCCGACGAAGCCCGCUCGGUCACACCGAUCCAAGGCCUCCAGCAAGAGACUCCUCGCGGAGUUGGAGGCCAAGGAGAGGUUAGCCGAGCUGGAACUGAAGCGCGUGCAAGCGGAAACCGAGCUAGCGAGAAUACGUCAAGAAAGAAUAGACCUGGCGUCAUCAAGAGAGGAGUCAGAAGAGGAAGAGGACCUCGCUCCACAGCGCAUCGCUGACUGGUUCAAUCGCCGACCCGAACGAGCGACUACAUUAGAAGAGGCCGCCCAUAUAGAAGAGACGCAAGAGCCCGCCGCGCGCACUACUAGACGACGCGCGCGACCGGAAACAUACGAAGAUGCUCGUGCGAUGGACGUGUCGUCGCUAACCGCCGCCCUCACAGAAGCCAUUCAAGCCAGCAAGUCUUACAAGAAGUACAUACCUGACCUGCCGACGUUUAGUGGCCUGUGCACCGAGUGGCUACAAUUUAAAGCCGCCCAGCCGCAUCCAGAAGACGUCAUCAAAGCACUAGAAAGAAGAUACGGAAGGCCUGACGCACUACUUGUCAACGAACUGGAGAAGCUAAAGGGACUGCCGCGCCUCACCGACAACCCACGUGAUCUGUGCAUAUUCGCCAGCCGGAUCGCUAACACAGUGACGACUAUCGAGAUAUUGAAGAAGCCGCAGUAUCUCUACAACCCCGAGUUACUGCGGUCGAUAGUUGACAAGUUAUCGCCGAUAAUUCGCAACAAGUGGUACGACUACGCAGCUACAAGAGAAGAGACGCCCGAACUUAAGAAGAUUGCCGACUUUUUGAAUAAUGAAGCCGACAAGUGCACGCCUUACGCUCCGCCUGAAAAUACAACGGAACAUAAAGAAGUAAGAAGUGCAAGAAAGAAGCCCGAGCGAACCUACGCCGCCGCAGUCGAAAUCAAUAAGAAGCCAAAAGAAGAGAAGCCGGCGUGCCCGUUAUGUGAACACGCUACGCACCAAUUGCCGUCGUGCCCGCAGUUUAUGAAGAUCGACACGAACGAGCGCUGGGAAGUGGCCAAGAAGAACAACAUUUGCUACCGGUGCCUCGUUAGCAAGCAUCGACGCUUCGCCUGCCGCGCCAAGCCUUGCGGCCAGCAGGGCUGCCCCAUGAGACAUCAUCGCCUACUACACCACGAGAAGUCGCCACCCGCGGCCGCCGCUGCAGCCGCUGCCGAGCCACCCCCACCACGCAAGCCAGAAGAAGUCGUGGCCUCGGCAGUGAACCAGAUCGCCUGCGCGACAGCACAAACAAGACGCGCCUACCUGAAGAUAGUACCAGUCACACUACGCGGCCCGCGGGCGGAAGCAGACACUUUCGCUCUACUAGAUGAAGGCAGCACCGUGACAAUUAUCGACUCGGCGCUGGCGGACACACUCGGGCUCAACGGCCCCACCGAACCAAUGUGGGUGCAGGGCAUAGGCGGGAAAGAGAUGGAGCACAAUCAGAGCAGGAGGGUCGAGGUCUACAUACGCAACAAGUACGGCGGGCAGGAGCAGCGCAUACCAAACGCGCACACCGUCGGCAGUCUGGGCUUCACCACACAAUCCAUAGGUGCGAGCGAGAUAGAUGGCUGCACACAUCUCAGAGGACUCAAGCACAAGUUAACCUACCAAGGCGCAACCCCACAAAUACUCAUCGGUCAAGACAACUGGGAGCUAAUCGUGUCGCGGGAAAUAAGAAAAGGACGGCGCGAUCAACUCGUCGCUUCAAGAACCCUACUAGGAUGGGUACUUCACGGCUGCCGCACCACUAGAGCGGAGCCGAUCGCGUACUGCUGUGCGCACCUCACGCGGGCCAAGUCGAACGAAAACAUAGAAGAAACAAUGAAGAAAUAUUUCGCUCUCGAGUCCCUAUCAAUCGAGCCGAGGCGACCGAGCAGCGAUCCCGAGCAACAAGCGCUUCGCAUAUUAGAAGAAAAGAGCCGCCGCUUACCCGACGGCAGGUUCGAGACAGGGCUACUGUGGCGCAACCAAGAAGAAAGAAUACCCAACAAUCGCAGCGACGCACUGAAGCGGCUACACACGCUCGAGAGGAAGCUGGAUCGAGACGCAAAACCUGAAACAACAAUACAACGAGCGCGUCAACAAUCUACUUACCUCAAGCUACGCCGAGCGCGCGGCCACGCCACCAAGCGGCAGGACGUGGUACCUACCUCACUUCGCUGUCUGCAACCCAGAGAAGCCGAAGAUAAGACUGGUCCAUGA